GUGGGUUGUGGGAAGAAGCAGGAUACUGUGCGCGAGCGGCGAGACUGGUGGGCAGGAUGGGGGAUUCUGGGGGGUGAGAUUGAAUUUCGGAGAAUUGCUCCGGAGGCAUGGAGGCCGGCCAGUCUGAUCCUGAGGCGUUGCGAUGGAACAGGCCUGGGAAAAAGCUGAGAUCCUUGCACCGGAGCUCCUCCGCGUGCUUGCGAUAUGGGCCCAUCAGGGUGCUAGUCGUCGUGUUGGGGUGGAUUGUGGCCUGUGGUGUCGGGGCGGUGCUGUGGCGAGCUGCGUUGAAGUUCAGGGAACAGGAGUUUGAUCUAAAGUGUGAGAACCGUAAGGAGGUCUUGAAGUCACAGGUAGAGAAUAACCUGAAUGCAUCCUUUGUCAUAGUGGGGUUGUUGGCCAGCGUACCGGAGGUUAGCGCUGACAUGUGGGUAAACUUUGCGACGAGAACCUUGUUCCUGCGACCCACUGUGAAGAGACUGGUGUAUGUGGAGCGGGUACCUGCAGCUAACAGAGCAGCUUUCGAGAGAAAGUGGAACACCAGCAUUCUCUACAUUAACCACUCAAAUGUAACUGAAGUUCGGUCUGCCAAUGACACGGAGUAUUCACCCGUUGUGUUCGAGACCGAUGAUAAGGUGCCCAAGUACUUAUUUGUAGACGCUGGAGCAUACCCUGCUUACAGAAGCGCCAUAGAUGCUGCACGGGACACAGGGCUAUUUACGCUGUCUCCUGUAACUCCAAGGCGUGAUGGCACAUGGCAAAUGGGAGCCUAUCUUGCGUAUUAUGGUCCGGGACGUGAUUAUACCUCAUUCUCAAGCACAGAAGCGCGAAGGCAGGCUUGUAGGGGUUACGUGGGAAUCGUUAUGAAUGUCACUGACGUAUUCCACGGAGUCCUGUCAAGAUUUACAGAUGUCGACGACAUGGAUGUGGUCGCCGUUUUCAACGUGAAUUCAAAACUAGAGUCAUUUGAUUCUUAUAACUGCUCGGCUGCAGCUUCUUCGAAAUCAUGUGCGGUCCCUUUAUUUGAUCCAGCCGGUCGGGCUUCGGAGUUUAGCAAGGCGGCAGUGACGUGGGAAUAUGGAACUCAACAUUUCGAAGUGCGAUGUCUUCCUAAGCGAAACUUAAAGCUGCUAGCUCUGCGAGCUGCCAUAGCAUGGCCCCUUCUCAUGUCACUGGUAGUAAUCUUCUUCUCCAUCAUAGUCUACCUAGUGCUCAAGCGAAUGCAGGCUAUUGAGGAGGAGGUUCGUCUCAUGGAAAAGAUGAACGAGGACCUCAAUGUCGCCAAAUUGGCUGCUGAAGCUGCAGAUAAAGCGAAGUCCAAUUUUCUGGCAACAGUUUCUCAUGAAAUUAGGACUCCAAUGAAUGGAGUGAUUGGAAUGACGAAUUUGCUUAUGGGAACCAAUUUGACUACCCAGCAGCUUGAAUAUGUUAAAGUUGUACAAGCCAGUGGCAACACUCUUAUAGCUCUCAUCAAUGAUGUGCUGGACCUGUCCAAGAUUGAGGCGGGUAGAAUGGAGCUUGAGUCGGUCGCUUACGAUAUCCGUAAGGAGGUGGACGGCGUAUUUUUACUCUUUGAUGACAGAGCGCAGCAGAACAAGAUCGAAUUGUCCAUGCUUGUCCAUGAUGCAGUGCCGAAUUACAUAGUGGGAGAUCCUGGAAGGUUCCAUCAGAUUCUCGCCAACGUUGUUAGCAACGCCUUGAAGUUCACGAGGGAGGGCAACAUUCUUGUGUGUGUUCGUGCAAUGCGCGUCAGUCAAGGAAACAAAGCACUCUUCACGGCUAUCACCAUUGACCAGAAUUCUGCGGUCCCUGGAGACGUUCAGCCUUCGCAAGUGCUUCCCGAUGAACCAUUUUCACUAGUCGGAUCCGACGGGAUGAAAUUGUAUGAAGACCAGGAUGUUGCUCCGAGAUUGAGUAUUCAACCUGGAAGUGAGUCGAAUAGAAGUGAAGCACUUGAUUUAUGGAGGAAAUGGGAAUGGAAGAACCUAUCUGGGAGCCAUUGCAAGCCUCCAAAUCAAUUCAUUUUAAUCGUUUCUGUGGAGGAUACAGGCCCUGGCAUCCCAUGUCAUAUGGAGCCUCGUUUGUUUCAACCUUUUUCUCAAGCCGACAGCAACAGUUCAAGAGAGCAUGGAGGCACUGGAAUUGGUUUGUUUAUAAGCCAGAAACUGAUAAAACUGAUGAACGGCACCAUAAGGGUGAUGAGCGAGCCGGGCAAAGGAAGUGUAUUUGAAUUUACGCUUCCUGCAAGCUUUGCCGACACUGCUGGAGGGAGUAAGCCGCAACUUCCGAUGGAAGAUAAGAGACUGAAGGGUUUACAUGUUGCUCUUGUGGAUACAGAUCUCGUUCAUCGGGAAAUUACAGCUAGCUUCUUGCGGUACUCAGGCAUGCAUGUUGAGCUUGCCGAUGACGUACAGUCCACAAUGGAGAUUUUGCAGAGGACUGGAGGACCUACUCUUCAAGCUGUUAUGGUCGAUAUUAAAGGGUUACCCAGUGCACCAGCUGUAGAGUUAGCCAGGUCAAUACGGAGCACACCAAGUCUAAAGGCUUUAUCUGUGCUAGUUCUCACUUCAAAUCCAGUAUCUCCUCCAGGUGAGAAAGAAUUAAAAGAUGCUGGGGUGUCCUUCAUUAUUAGCAAAUCCUUACGAUUAUCCACAGGCUCUUCUGUGUUGCUAGAGGCAAUGGGCUUAAAACCCCAAGCACCCGUGAAGAAGAAGGCUAAUGACAAUGUCAAAUUACUGCUUGGCAAACGGCUGCUUGUGGUGGAUGACAACAUGGUCAAUCAAAGAGUAGCAACUUCAAUGUUGAAAAGAUACGGUGCCAUAGUGUCAAGCGUAAACAGCGGCAUUGAAGACAAGAAAUUAGACCUCGUGUUGAUGGAUAUUCAGAUGUCCGAGAUGGAUGGUUGGCAAGCAACACGCCACAUUCGCAAUUGGGAAGUCGAAAACUGCGACACUUGUUGCAAGUCAAACGUAAACUGGUGCAGACACAACCGACUUCCCAUCGUUGCGGUUACAGCGGAUGCUAUGAAAGGCACUCACGCAGAGUGUUUCAGCUCAGGAAUGGAUGACUACAUUACUAAACCUCUGGAUCAGAAACAGCUGCAGUCCCUAUUGGAGCGAUUCAUUAAGAGGGACUUGGUGAAUGUACCACCCAUGACAGACGUCGGCAGCUAACGAGUGUUCCAGUUGUACUUCGUUGAGUUUGAAGGGAAUUUUUGCUCGCUAGGAAAAAGUGGGUAGGGUCAAAGAGCACUUUGGCCGUGUAUGCUGGUAAAUGUAAAGGUUAAUAAGAAUCGGUUUGAAGUUUGUGACGCGCAUUUUUUUCCUCA